CCUCCGCGCCUGCCGGGCGCGCGCGCCGCGUUCCCUCGGUAGCCGCCAACCGGACGCGGGCGCGGGCGGGACGCGGAGGGCGGGGAGGACGGAGCGGUCUCGGCAGGAACUUCUAGAGCGAAAAAGUACUGAUGAUGUCUCGCCGCAGUCAGCGCCUGAGCCACUAUUACCAGGUUGAUGAUGAUGGAGGCAGCAGCAGCAGCAGCGGAGGGAGCUCCCUGACUGCGGGCCAGCACGCUGCCUUCAAGGACAGCCCCAUCAGGACUCUGAAGAGGAAAUCCAGCAGCGUGAAGCGCCUCUCGCCGUCUCGCCUCACGGGCCCUGCUCCCAGUACUCAGAGCACCUAUUACAGCGAAUCCGUGGUCAGUGAGACUUACAUUGGGAGACCCCGGGCCACCCCGGGGGCCAGAACCCGAAGCUCCAUCCUGAAUGAUGAGCAGCUGGACAGCGAUUCCUAUUGGAGUGGGGACCCACUGGUGAGGAGGAGGAGAGGCACAGGAGGCUCUGAGAGCAGCAAGAUUAAUGGCCUGACGGAGGGCAAAGUCACCUAUGACACCUAUGGAUCUUCCUCAGGAUACUCCUCUGAGGAUGACUUCACAGGGCAUGCAGUUAUGGACCAGCUUAACUCGGCAUCCACACUCAGGAAUGCUGCCUCCCAAGCUGGCGCUUUCCUGUGGACGGUGAUCACUUUUCCAGGGUGGCUUUUCGGACUGCUCUACUGGUGGCUCGGUACCACCUGGUACCGCCUGACCACGGCUGCCUCUCUGCUGGAUGUCUUUGUCUUGACCAGACGCUUUUCCUCUCUGAAGAAGUUGUUCCUGAUUCUCUUGAUGCUGCUGCUUCUGGCCUCGCUGGCUUAUGGCGCUUGGUAUUUCUACCCCUAUGGACUACAGACCUUCCAGCCUGCUAUGUUCUCCUGGUGGGCAGCAAAGGGCAGCAGCAGGAGAGAGGAGGUGUGGGAAUCGGGAGACUCCACCCCAUAUUUCCAGGCUGAACAGCAUGUCCUGUCAAAGAUUCAUACCCUGGAAAGACGCCUGGAAACUCUGGCUUCCGAAUACUCUACCCAUUGGCAGAAGAAAGUGAGUCUGGAGCAUCGGGAACUAGAGCAGAGGGCCGGUGGGAAAGGCCCGAGCCCCGACGACACCCUGACCAUCCUGGAGGGCCGGUUGAGCCGGCAAGAAGCCGCCCUGAAGGAGGACUUCCGCAGGGACACGGCCGCCUACAUCCAGGAAGAGCUCGCCACGCUCAGGGCAGAACAUCGGCAGGAUCUGGAUAACCUUUUGAAGAGGUUUACUCAGGCCUCCCAGGAGAUGGAAAGUUGGGUCCUCCAGCUCAAGUCUGAGUGGCAGAGUCUGGCCCAAGAAGCCCUGCGGGAGAAUGUGCUGAAGGAGAUGGGCCCGCUGGAGGCCCAGCUGGCCGGCCUGAAGCAGGAGCUGGCAGCCCUGGGCCAGAGGCAAGCGGCCGUGGAGCAGCAAGUGGACCUUUGGCCGCAGAAGAUGGAGGCUCUGCGCGAUGACGUGAAGUCGCACUUGCCAGCUUGGAUCCACCAGUUCCUCCUCCAAGACAAGGAGGCUCUGGCCAGGCUCUUCCAGCUGGAGGAGGUGCAGGCCCAACUGCAGGAGCUAGAGCGCAGGAUCCUGGUGAGCGUGGCCGAGGAGCAGGGCCGGUCGGCCCGGGAAGCCGCCGCCAACCUGAAGCUGACCCUCCGCAAGGAAGGCAUGACCGGCGUGACUGAGGAGGAAGUGAACCAGAUCGUGCAGCAGGCCCUGAAGCGCUACAGCGAGGACCGCAUCGGGCUGGUGGACUACGCCCUGGAGUCGGCAGGCGCCAGCAUCAUCAGCACCCGCUGCUCAGAGACUUACGACACUAAGACGGCAGUCCUCAGUCUGUUUGGCGUCCCCUUGUGGUACUUAACGCAGUCCCCAAGAGCCAUCCUCCAGCCAGAUGUGUACCCCGGCAACUGCUGGGCAUUCGAGGGCCCCCAGGGCUUUGCAGUGAUUCGCCUGGCCGCCCGCAUCCGCCCCACCUCGGUCACUUUGGAGCACGUGUCCAGAACCCUGUCCCCCUCGGGCGACAUCCCCAGUGCCCCCCGCGAAUUCGCUGUCUUACACGAUCUCUCCUCCAGCCUCCUUCCAUCCCUUCCCUUUGCUUCUCCUCCUCUGCAGGGGCUGAGUAAAGAAUCCGAGUCGGAGGGGAUCGUCCUCGGGGAGUUCACCUACGAUAAGGACGGGGAUCCCAUUCAGACCUUCCAGCUGCAGGGCAACAACACAUUUGCAUACCAUGUAGUUGAGCUUCGGAUCUUGAGCAACUGGGGUCACCCCCAGUACACCUGCAUCUACCGCUUCCGGGUCCACGGGGAGCGGCCAGCCGCCAAUUAGGCCCCUCUCAGCACCCUGUGCACCUCCUCCCCUCCCUCCCGCAGCAAGCAGCUCUCCCACUUCCUCCUCCCACCCCCACGCUUAAGCCCCCCAAAGGCUUCUGGGAGAGGGAUGGAGGAAUAGAAGCCCUCUGCGGAGCAGUCUUGCUCGGCGGGCCCCCUCGGACAUGGAGAGGGCCCCCCGAGCUAUUUCUGUUUCAUUCCCCUUCCCCUUGGGUCACGUGGCCGAGCUGCCCCCCUCGGAAGUGUAUAUAUAGCUAUGUGUUACAUGUUGGGGGUGGGGCCUGGACCUCCGGGGGCCCUUUCUGCCCGGUCCCCCGCACCGUGGCUCACCUGGCUGCAGGCCAGGGAGUCGGGUGUCUUAAGGAUGGACUGAUCGAACAGUUGCAAAGGGCAGACUGGCGGCCAGCCUGUGGCGAGCGUGCCCCGGGCGCCGGCCAAAGCCCCUGCCAAGGGACCGCCUGGUCCCCUCCACCAAGGGGCACGACGGGUGUGGAUUUUGAGAGCGGAAGCACCUGAGAUGGACCGUGACUCCCUGGACUUUGUGCCAACAGCCUCGUUUUGGGGAAAGUUGUGCGUCUGGGACCACCUGGCGCGGCAUUUAGAAACUGUCCCCCCCAGGGAUCCAGCCCUGGCGGGGAGGCCUUCGACCCAGCGGGGUUUGUGAGAG